AAUCACAUGUAGCUGGAACGGUGGUGGCUCUGACACUGAUAUUGGCAGCCAUUGCUGCUGCCCUUGUGUUUGGCUACUUGCACCUCAAAAGAAAAAGGAAACUGUCCGCCAUAUCAUCUUGCUGGAAACCCAUUAUACGAUCCAAGAAAUCUUCAAUCUCUGGCAGCAGAAGAGCUCUAGCAGAACUGGAUGAGAUGGAGACCACAGUCAGACCAAAACAAGCAGCUGACAACACAGAUGACAUGUUUACCAUUGAGGACUUUGAUGACAACGCUGACUUACAGGCAGGAAGACAAGAAUAUUUCUAUGAUGAAGUGUUUGGCCAGUCUCAGUUUGAAGACGAGACCACAAAUAAUGCAAUGAGGAACUUAUACAAUGAUCAAACCACUCAGGAAGAAAUGCUCAACAUAGACCUUGAAAGCCAGGGGACACAACUUAAUAAUUUUAUUCAGACCUCCGACAAUAAAAAUGUUGACUGA